AUCGCUUUUUCGUUCGCGUAAACGGCGGCAGCAGAGUCGAUCGGCGAUGGACGCUCAAACGGAGGGAGAGAGACGGCCCAUGAACAGAGACCCCGGCCAGCAGGUGCUGGUCGACAACCAGCCGCAAGAUCCGCAGCGCCGCAUGCCUGACACCAGCUAUCCGCGCAGCACUGAAGGAAUCCUCAGAAUGUGCGCCGUACCCGUGGCGUUGACGGGAAUAGUUCUGGCCGUAUUCGGAAACACGGCAGGAAUAUUCUUCAUCUUCGUGGGCAUCGCCUUUCUCAUCUACAUCGGACUUGUCUUUAUAGUGGAGGUGUUCGUCCCGGGCAUUUACAUCCACCGCCUCGUGGACGCGAUAAUCUGCAUGAUUUUCUGCACGCUGUGGCUAGUGGCCGCUAUCAUCGUGACGGUGUACGCGGUGCAGUGGGAGAUUGCUGCACUUCAGGGAGCCGCUUUUAUUGGAUAUAUCCUGAUGCUGAUGUCGUGUGCCUCAGCCUUUUUUGCCCACAGAACUUGGAACAGGACAAAGAAAGGUUCUCGUCCUGUAAUUGUCUAGUUAGAAUAACUAAUUUGUAGCUUCCACAGACAUUCUCCUUAAAUUAGGUGUUCUUUGAAUCAUUCAAAUAUCAUUUUACUCUCUAUGCAGCUGAGCUAUACUGGUAGACACACAGACGUAUCAAGAGUGCUCGUAUUUAAGCAUAAGUGGAUGACUUUUUUUACUGCUGCUGCUUUUACAAAGUAUAAAAUGUGCAUUUUUAAAAUUUUUCAACGACUAAGAA